UCACUGAAUGAAACUCGGUAAAUGAACAAAUAGAUUCAAUUAUUAUUAUUAUUGUUCUACAUAUAUUGAAAUCAAAAUUUUACAUCGAAACAUACCUAUAACUAUAUAGAUACCAAAGUUACCGAUAGCUCAAAAAAUGAGCUUCGAAGACUGUGUCGUCAAUUUAGACAAAGACUGUGUUGAAGAAUACGUCAAGGACUGCAACGAAUACCAUCGGCGUCGGUUAAACGAAAUUUCUAACUUUAUAGGACACGAAUUACCGGAGACGGCAACCCGGGACAAACUGAUCGCAGUUACAUUGCGUUUAGCCGCGAACCGGAAUGCAGAUCGCGACAGCUCUGCUGAGAAGAAGUUGCGAGACGCGGUGGUAGUGACGAGAGGCCAACUGGAAACCUACAAUGAGUGCGCUACUAAGGUCGUAAACAAUGUUAGAUUAGAGCUCGAUCGCUUCGUGAAUGGAUUGCGGAUGACAAAAGAGCAUCAUGGCAUCAACGAAGGAGAAACCGUGGGGUCAAUAUUAGAGGAGAUUACGAAUCUUACAGAGUCGGUGCGGCUGAUUCGCCGACACCUUGUGGAGGCAGAAGCGGAUAUCCAGUGCGUUGAGAAUCUGCUGCACCGGGAACGAGGUGAAAAUGACCAAAUCAAGUGUACAGCGACCAAGGCAGUUAUUGAGAAUCAAACCAGAGACGAAAUUUGUCCUGUUCUAGUAGUAGAACAUGAACACAAUUAUUUUAAUAAAUGAUUAUGCAUGUAUACUUGUGUCUAUACUAGUUAUUUGUAGGAUAACUAGGUAGAACAUUGGUUUUCUUGGUGAUACUUUAUUUCAUUUAAUAUACAAUGGAUACGGUUUUAACACACAGCAUAAUGGGUACAGAAUUGAACACCUCGAUUAUAGAUACCUACUAUGGUUGCCCGACGCCCUAUUUCAUCAAUUCAGUGCUACGAUCAUCAAAAGGAGUCCUCUAAAGUAACUAAGUUAGAAUUUUAACUGCUACCGUUCAUGUGACGAGCUAAGAGAAUGUUGAGUUAAGAAAUAAAGAUAUUAUCAAAUGUAUUCUAUGCUUUAUCAUAGAUAACUAUGAAUCUAGACUCCAGAGAGUGUACGAAAUUUUAUAACUUGGUAUUUCCUUACACCAUCAUAAAACCACUAGCAGUCUUGCUGAGUCACUUCGGUGAACACCUUUUGCCAUUACCCAUUGCCCUAACAAAAAAUUACAGAGGUUCUUCUGACAAGUAGGUUAAAAUUGGGGAUAACCCGUUAGGAGUAAGCAUCUAUGAUUGUGAAUUAAGUUGUUUUAUUCCGUAUGUCAUGUGUUAAAACCACAUCUGUUGUGUAAUAAAUGAAAAAAGUAUCACCGAGAAAGUCAUUAUUGUUCUUUUCUGUUAUUUAAUUAUUAAUUAAUUAUUUAAUUAUAAUGCAGAUAUACGAGAC